AUGCAGCAAUUCGCCGCAGAGGCUGCCAAACGUGGCAUGUCUCCAGAGGAGUUUGCGAAGCAGCAAAGAGAGCAACUGACUGCCGAAGCCGCUAAGCACGGCAUGACCACCGAGCAAUACGUCGCCCAAUUGAAAAUGCGCGCUCUGGCCGCGCACCAGAAGCAGAUGGAGGCCAAACGACAGGCCCAAGAAUCGGGGCAGGCAUCACCAGAUCAGCCCCAGCAACAGCAGCAGAAUCAGACUACACACCAGGUCCCGGUGAAUCCGAAUAAUCCGGCGGAUCCCAAGGCCAUUGCCGUCGCGAACUGGUUACGGUCGCAAAACCUGAAGACCAGGACCUGCGUCAUGGAUGGACAGAGAAAGGACCUCUUUAAAGUAAAACGUGCCAUUCGCGCCCUUGAAUCUCCCGCGUACGCCAAAGCCGCGGCGAAGAAGAACUCUCUCCUCCCCCCCGUGACAGAUCGCGCUUCGGCCGAAAACACCUUUAAGCUACUUCCCCUCUCGCUCCUCGCCCUGCGCGUGAGCAAAGUGGAUCCCCACGCGGGCCAUAACCACGCCAAGCCGAAGAAUCGCGUCAAGGGCCUGUGGACGGUCAAGAUCGAACAGCACCAGGAAACCGACCCCAUGAUGCAUUACGUAUGGCUGUACGAGGGUCCGCAGUGGAAGCAGAAGGCCAUGGCGGCGGCCGUGGUGGCGGGUAUCUUCGCCGUCGUACUCUUCCCGCUGUGGCCGAUCAUGCUCCGCCAGGGAGUGUGGUACCUCAGUGUGGGCAUGAUGGGCCUGCUGGGUCUUUUCUUCGCCAUGUCGAUCUUCCGUCUUAUCUUGUUCUGUCUCACGGUGUUUACGGUGCCACCCGGUCUUUGGCUGUUCCCCAAUUUGUUCGAGGAUGUAGGGUUCUUUGACAGUUUCAAGCCUCUGUGGGGCUGGCAAGAGACCAAGAAGAAGAAGAGCAAGAAGGCCAAGGCUGACCCUGCACCCACCGCCGCUGAGAAAGGAAAAGACGCCGCGCCCUCGGCCUCGACAACCGCUACCGAGGCGCCAGACACAUCGGGCACCGUGAAGCGCGAUCUAACGGCGCGAGUGGAAGAGGUCACCGACGAAUAA